AUGGUUUCUCCAGCCAGGGGCAGAGGGUUUAAAAAACCUCGCCAGCACACCAGGCAGCAAAGGCCUGGAAAUGAAGGGAGAGAUCACCAACCAACCCCCCUCCAUGCUCAGGAACCCUCCGAGGAUGGGAGUGAUGCAGCUCUGGACCUGGGGGAUUUUGGGACGGCCAGUAUUGUGGGGCAAAUUCCGACGGCUAGCACCUACAGCAGAUCCAUGGCCAACACCAAUUCCCAAGAAUAUAUGGGACAUUUAAGAAGUGAGGCAAACAGGCUUAUCCAGGGUUCCCUAUCAGCAAAUACAUACAAAGCCUAUCAAGGGGCCAAUUUCAAGAAAUUCUUGACCAAUUGUGAGAUGAAAUUGGUUUUUCCUAUCCCUUUUGACCACUUGCUGAAUUUUAUUGCCCACUUGUCUAUUGUAGGUACAGCUUACAGAACAGCUGCUCUGUACAUUAGUAAUCUAUCAUAUAUACACAAAUUAAGAGGCAUCCAAGAUAACACCCAAUCAUUUAUUGUCAAAAAAGCCCUGCAGGGUCUCCACAAAAAGCGAGGCAUUACUGUAGAUCCGCGAAGUCCAUUAGCGAUAUCCAUUUUGCAACGUUUAGUAGCAGCGUUGCCAUCAGUUUGUAGAUCACCCUACGAGGCAGUUCUAUUUUCCACAGUUUUUUCAAUUGCAUAUCAUGGUCUGCUUAGGGCAAGUGAAGUUCUGUCGAUCCAUAGGUUGCACAUCUCGCUUACUAAGAGCAAGGUCAGCAUUCUCAUUCCCAGGUCGAAAACUGACCAAAAUGGCAAUUCAACUACAUUGCAUAUGUCUAAACAACCCAAUUCUGAUACUUGUCCAGUAAUGUGGGUACUCAAGUUUUUGCGUCUGCGUCAAGACAGUGGUUCCAUUUUAUUCUUCAUACAUAUGGAUAACAAAAGUGUAACAAGAUACCAAUUCAAUUGCAUGCUACAGAAAGCACUUAAAUUUAAUGACAUUCAGGGACAUUUUAGACCACAUAGCUAA